UUGUCUCGCUUGUGAUUGGCUUAAGCGUCUCAUAUCCCAUAAUGCAUCAAUACCAGUCUUCCUUUCUAUUCGGCCAUUUUCCUCUGUGGAGGAAAUAAGCAGCCAUGGCCCCCAGCAGGAAUGGCAUGAUCCUGAAGCCGCACUUUCAUAAGGAUUGGCAGAGACGAGUGGCCACUUGGUUUAACCAGCCCGCCAGGAAGCUUCGCCGACGCAAGGCACGGCAAGCUAAAGCCCGUUUGAUAGCUCCAAGACCCGUUUCGGGCCCAGUCAGGCCGGUGGUGAGGUGUCCAACAAUCAGAUAUCACACAAAGCUGCGAGCUGGUAGAGGCUUCAGCCUGGAGGAGCUUAAGGCUGCUGGCAUAAACAAGAAGGUCGCCCGUACUAUUGGCAUAUCUGUGGACCAUCGUCGCCGCAACAAAUCUACAGAAUCCCUGCAGACCAACGUGCAGAGGCUGAAGGAAUACCGUUCCAAACUGAUUAUCUUCCCACGCAAGCCCUCUGCUCCUAAGAAGGGAGACGCCUCUGCGGAAGAGUUAAAGAUGGCCACACAGCUGACAGGCCCCAUCAUGCCAAUUCGCAACGUCUACAAGAAAGAGAAGGCAAGAGUCAUCUCGGAGGACGAGAAGAACUUCAAAGCUUUUGCCAGUCUGCGUAUGGCACGUGCCAACGCAAGGCUCUUCGGCAUCCGUGCCAAGAGAGCCAAGGAAGCUGCAGAACAGGAUGUGGAGAAGAAAAAGUAAUCCUUUCCAUUGUUCUGUUAAUAAAGACUACGUUCUGUA